ACCGGUUCACAAGUUUGAUAGUAAUAAAAAAAUCAAUUCGAAAUUAGGGAAAGCUUCAGUUCAGUCGACUUCUCCGAUUGAGCAGUUUCAGUCGACAUCUUCGAUUUUCCAUUCUCUUCGAUGACAGUGAAGGCGGUGAGCAGGGGGUGACGGCAAGCCGGAUUCUGAAAGAGUUCGACGGCGAGUGCGACGCUGGGUAAAGGAAGAAGUAGGGUGUUGCAUCUCUUCGUCGAUUGUGAUUCGCGGAAAAGGGGAUUGAGCUCGUCGAUUGCAUAGACUGGGAUUUUGUCGACGGCAACGGAGGCAAUAGCCCCAUUUCCACCUUCGAAUUGUUUCUCCCUAGAAAGGUGGCUCUUAUUCUUCAAAGCUCUUCUUCUCCAGUCCAUCCAACCUUAGCCCAGUGCCCGCCAUCAUUAGCUUCAAGCUCACCCGCCUUGGCUUUACUGUGCUUGAAGGUUUUCACCGACGGCAACAGAGGCAAUAGGCCCAUUGCCAGUUUUAUUGUCGGAGGAGCUCGAUCGUUUGAGCCCCAUUGUCAGUUACCGCAGCCCCCUUGCAUCUCCGCCAUUGGUUGCUGUCGUCGUUACAGGUCGACCUAGGGUUUGUAUUCUGUUUUAUUUGCUUUCCUACUUAUUUGUUAGUCUCUGCGAAGUUUCUUCAGUUCGUCUGAGACCUUUUAACCUGCCCUGAAUCUGCCGGCUUUUGAUUGUAGUUCGCGAAAUAAGCAGAGGGGGAAAAACCAAAGUAGAAAGAGAUGUUCUUUCUGAGUCUGAUAGAGCACAAACUGCGUUUUCCACCUGCUGAUCUAUCGCUUCCUCUCCAUAAAGGCAUCAAGAAAUUUCUUGAUGGUAUCUUCUUGGAUAGGGUUAUCUUGAACUUGGGACGCUGUGUGUCCAUCUAUGACAUUAGAAAUAUAUAUGGCGGCUUCAUUCAUGCCGGAGAAGGUGCUCCAACCUACACUUAUCGCGUGGAUUCCUUGAUGAUAUCUAUGUGCCAGCUCAUCAGCUUCCCCAACCAUGCCAUCAAAUUCCAGAUCCUGAUCGCAGAUUUAAAGUCAGAUGGAUAUGGGAAUACGACAUCGAAGAUACAUGAAACCCAGAACAGUAUAACAUCGACGGCUUGGAUUGCAUUAUUAGCACCACAAACUUACUAGGAAAUCUAUAUGCAAGUUUACAUUGUCUUUACCAUACUGCUCCCCUCACUGUCCUGUUAGGUGGUUCCGAGUUCUGAAUGUGAGCUUCCCACCACUUCCAAUUGAGCAUCGAGAGAAGCCUUUUGCUCUGAUGCUUGUUACUGUAAGCCAGCCUACAAAGUCAUGCUAACCAGAUCUUGCUAUAUUUGAUGUUCUUUAUGGUGUUCUUCUUACAAGGUAUGUCUUGAUGUGGGUGACUUGUGUCUUGAUGCCAGGGAUCCAUAUCUGAAUGUGGUUUGGGGCCGGUUUCAUGGUGGUGAUAGAAAAGGGUUCAGAACUUGAAGAAACUAAGGAUUUUUUGCAAUGACAUUAUCAUAAAAGCACUGGGGAAUUCAGCUUUGAGGGAGGACAAUAGAAGUGUUAGAGAGUAUAAUGUUUUUGGGACUUUAGAGUAUGGUCCAGAGUCGUUUGUAUCUAGGUUGCCUUUGCAGGAAGAUUGGAUGGCCUAGCCUAAUGUCAUCGGAAUGUUCCAAGUAGAAACUGCAUAAAAAACUUAGAGAAUGCUAGCUCUAUUCCUACUUAAGUCAUGACAUGUUGUUACAAUUUGUAAGCAAUCUAUGCUAUGAAACAGCCACAUUUUACGGGUAUGAGAUUUUCAACUCCAAGCCCGUGAUAAUGACUAGGAUUUAGCGAGUAACAUGUACAAAAAAUUUACUUCAAGUUAAUUUUAAUAUUUACGAAUUUUAUGUGAUGGUCA